AUGACGAUCAACACCGACGAUCAGUACGGAGAUGGGGAGUCCAAAUCCACCAUCAGUUCCAGCCGGUGCGAGAUCUACGAGUGCACGUGGAGGUUGAGCUACGAGUCGAGAAAUUACGACUUCCCCGUCACGUCAUACCGCUACAGCAGCAGCAGCUAUCAGGACCAGUCGAUGGACGAUGCGUUGAACACGACGCUGACGAACGACAAGGCAACGCUGAUCCAGGUGUGGAAACCGAAGAGCUACGGUUCGGUGAAGGGUCAGAUCCCUCAGCAUGAUCGGCUCACCUACACCUGGAAGGAAAUCGACGUGUUUGGUGAGGCACCCUCCGACGGGAAAGCCCGCGAGCCAUUCUGCACCCGUUUGCGCCACUGCUGCACGCGUCAGCGCAAGGACAUCAAUCCUCGCAAACACCUGCUGAAGAACGUCACCGGAGUAGCUCGCAGCGGUGAGCUGCUGGCCGUCAUGGGAAGCUCAGGUGCCGGCAAAACUACGCUGCUGAAUGCGCUAGCCUUCCGUUCACCACCGGGCGUGAAGAUCUCCCCGAAUGCGGUACGCGCGCUAAACGGGGUACCGGUGAAUGCUGAACAACUGCGAGCGAGGUGUGCGUACGUGCAGCAGGAUGAUCUGUUCAUACCGUCACUGACGACACGUGAACACCUGCUGUUCCAGGCGCUGCUGCGUAUGGGUCGUGACGUGCCGGCAAGCGUGAAGCAACACCGUGUUCAGGAGGUGUUGCAGGAGCUGUCGUUGGUGAAGUGUGCCGACACGAUCAUUGGGGCGCCUGGACGCAUCAAGGGCCUGUCGGGGGGUGAACGAAAGCGGCUUGCAUUCGCGUCUGAGACACUGACCGAUCCGCACCUUCUGCUGUGUGAUGAACCGACGUCUGGAUUGGACUCCUUCAUGGCGCACAGUGUGCUGCAGGUGUUGAAGGGUAUGGCGAUGAAGGGCAAGACGAUCAUCCUUACGAUCCAUCAACCGUCAUCGGAGUUGUACUGCCUGUUCGACAAGAUCCUGCUGGUAGCGGAGGGACGAGUUGCCUUCCUUGGCUCUCCUUAUCAGUCGGCGGAGUUCUUCUCUCAGUUAGGGAUACCAUGUCCUCCCAACUACAACCCAGCGGACUUCUACGUGCAGAUGUUAGCGAUCGCACCGGCCAAGGAGAGUGAAUGUCGUGACACGAUCAAGAAGAUCUGUGACUCGUUUGCAGUGAGCCCAAUCGCUCGUGAUGUCCUCGAGAUGGCGUCCGUUAGCGGAAAAGGACUAGAUGAGCCGUACCUGUUGCAGCCGAUGGAAGGUGUCGGCAGUACAGGCUACCGAUCGAGUUGGUGGACUCAGUUCUACUGCAUCCUUUGGCGAUCUUGGUUGAGCGUGUUAAAAGACCCAAUGUUGGUGAAAGUUCGACUCUUGCAGACAGCGAUGGUUGCAACCCUGAUCGGUUCGAUCUACUUCGGCCAAGUGCUCGACCAGGACGGUGUGAUGAACAUCAACGGUUCGCUGUUCCUCUUCCUCACCAACAUGACCUUCCAGAACGUGUUCGCCGUUAUCAACGUGUUUUCCGCCGAGCUGCCGGUGUUCCUGCGCGAGAAACGCUCCCGGCUGUACCGUGUCGACACGUACUUCCUUGGGAAAACGAUCGCAGAGCUGCCGUUGUUCAUCGCCGUACCGUUUGUUUUCACCUCCAUCACGUACCCGAUGAUCGGCCUGCAACCGGGUGUGUCCCACUAUCUUACGGCCCUGUUCAUCGUGACGCUGGUUGCGAACGUGUCCACCUCGUUCGGGUAUCUGAUAUCCUGCGCUAGCUCCUCCAUCUCGAUGGCGCUGUCAGUGGGACCUCCCGUCGUGAUCCCGUUCCUUAUCUUCGGUGGGUUCUUCCUUAACUCUGCCUCAGUGCCGUCGUACUUCAAGUAUCUGUCAUACCUCUCCUGGUUCCGGUACGCCAACGAAGCGUUGCUCAUCAACCAGUGGAGUACGGUUGCGGACGGUGCGAUUGAGUGUACGCGAGCCAAUGUCACCUGUCCGCGGUCGGGUGAGAUCAUUCUGGAAACGUUCAACUUCCGUGUGGAGGACUUUACACUCGAUAUCGCCUGCCUGUUCGCGCUUAUCAUCCUGUUCCGGCUCGGUGCCCUGUUCUGUUUGUGGUUGCGUUCGCGCAGCAAGGAGUAA